UGGAGGAUUGUGCUUGCUGGGAAGAGACCACACUGCAUUCAGAACAGGACAUUUCGGGUGCAAAGAUUCAUAUGUAAAGAAUUUAUGAUCGGCUAAAAUACCAUUGUUCUUAGCAAUCUUUGGACUGAUGGCUAUAAUGGCAGAAGCAGUAGAAAAUGAUGGAGAUCAACAGUUACUGCAGAAAAAGUCCAGGAGAAUGUCUUGUGGCUGCUGUGCCAGCUGUUGUUCCUGCUGCAUUUAUUAUCUGAGUGGAUUCAUUUUACUACUGGCAAUAGCUGGUUUGGUCCUGUGCGCUAGGAUCUUCCUGGAGUUCCCAGUCAUUAUAAAUGGCUUCACAAAUACCAUGAAUUUCACCCAGGAGUCAGUUGAUGCAUUGAUGUCUGCUACACAAUACCCAGGGAGUCCAACUGUCCAGCCUGCUUCCACUGAGAAAUGCAAAAUGUUUGUGGGUUCCUUCAAACUGUUAAAUGAAACUUACCUACCUCAAUAUAACGACACUUCAUCUGCUGGCUUCCAGACAGCUACACAGCAUCUACAAGCUAUGCUGAAUAAACACUUUAACAAUAGCUUGUUACAAGCGAACUUUAGGAAAGCGUCUGUCUUUGCUAUAAGCCCUGAUCCAGUAAUCGCGUAUUUCCAGCUGCUGUUUUGCUAUGACAGUGCGACAUUGACUAAAAUAGAAGCUGACAAUGUGUCUCUGGUCCUGAAAAGUUACAAUGCAAGCAGGGAGAAGGCUAAUAUAUCAGUAGAUGUGCAGAGUGUGACGGUAGGAGAUUUGGCACCAUGUCCAGGGUUUGUGAAUGCAUAUCAAGCCUGGCCAUGGCAAGUUAUACUGCAAGAAAAUCAGAUUCCUCUAUGCACUGGCAGCUUAUUAAACAGUUUCUGGUUACUGACCUCAGCUGACUGUAUUAAAAAUAGGGAUGUUUCCUUGCUCACUGUAAUCCUGGAAGCGGGUAACCCUUCUCAGAGCAGCACUAGCAACAUUGCAAAGAUUAUUCAACACCCCAACGUCACCGCUGCCCCUGUAGUCAACAACUUUGCCUUAAUUCGCCUCUCAAAGCCAGCCUGGUUCACCUCAUCCCUUAUGCCGAUUUGCCUCUCACAAACUACGGAGGACCCAGCAAUAGGAAGUGUGUGUAGUGCCUCAACUGGAAACAUGUCAACUGGUGGGUUAUUGAGUCUUGUUGGCACUGUGACCUCUGGACUGAGCUGCCUCAGCGUGUCAGAUUCUGGAUUGCUCUAUCUCCAGUUCUCCCUUUCAAAUGAUCUGUUAAAAAAGAUUGGUACAGGAAACGCAUUCGUGUGCAUGAAUACAGACAACACAGCUUACCUUCAAGGCACUUCCCUUUACCUGUCCAACAGCAGUCUUUUAUCCAGUACCUGUCUCAGCUACACCAGUACUGGGCCAGCUAUAGACUGGAUCAAUUCAUCCAUAAAUUAGUUACAAAUGUCAUGUACACUAAAAUAACUCUCUCACUUAAUCAUGAUGAAAUGAGCAGCUUAGUUACCUAAUGUUAUGCUGUGAGGGUAACCAUUCCAGCAAACGUGCUGCUUUUAUGUGCAAUGCUCAAUGCUGCAACAAGCCACUAUGCGCUAGAAGACCAUAUAUGCACUCAGAAUGGCUGGGUUCUUCCCUACUUGACUAGAGUGUAGACAAACACUGGAUGUAAUGUGAAUAAACAUUGAAUAGCACUGCAAAACCUUAAUAAAGAAGUACUUUAUUGGUACUAAACACGAUGAACAGUUAUCAGUAUAUUAAAAUAAUGUUACAUGCUAUACCUUUUAUCAAACCAUGAUUUAUUUAUCCCAUUAUAAGGCAAUGCUUUGAAAGAAAUCACUU